CAGAGUGUGACAGCGUGAGGAGCUGAGGGUUUCUCUCUGCAGCUCUCUGACACAGAUGUGAACGCGGACCAGAACGGUAGAUAAAGUCAGAGCGGCGUGGAGAGCAGAGAAGUUGAGGAUUUCAGACGUGACGAGCUCUGAGCGAAGGACAGCUGGACAACAUGCCGAGGUCCUUCCUGGUGAAGAGCAAACGGGCCCACAGCUACCACCAGCCCCGGUACCUGGACGAUGACUACAGCAGGCUGGACACUAUCCUGGCUCACGUGUGCGCAGAAAACAAAUCUCAAGGGGAGUUUGAAUCCAACUUGGAGCCGCAGGAAGAUGUGAGCGCGGCCGCUGACAGACUGUCCCCCGGGUCGAGGCUGCGGUCUCCGGGGUCUCUGUCCUCCAGUUCCCCGCUGAGCUGCGGAGGCAGCGUGUGUGAGCGAUCCUCAGACUGUGAUUUCUGGCGUCCCCCGUCUCCCUCGUCCUCCCCAGAUUCAGAGAAAUGCUCCACUCCAGCAGCAGAGGACGGCCCCUUCAACAUCCCGCUCUUUCCUUACUCCUGGUCGACGUACUCCGGCUCCGAGCUGAGGCAUCUGGUCCAGGGCCCUUAUCACCACCACCUGCAGGGCCACAGAGAGGCUCACUCACCCGUCAGCAUCUACGGGGCGGAGGACGGAGGCACCGAGCCGCUUUAUGCACAGCGGGGCCUCGGACCCGGCUGUUACCAGGAUUACUCUUCAACGGGCCACCAGAUCUGCAGAAUGCGGGACGGAGACGGGAUGUAUGUGGACGUAAAGCAGCAGCCCCGCGUUGCAGAAAUCAAAUCUGAAAAUGAUUUCAUUCGCUCCACCCUGGAGUCAAGUGGAUCAUAUAAGUGCAUUAAAUGUUGCAAGGUGUUCUCCACACCUCACGGGCUGGAGGUUCAUGUACGGCGGUCACACAGCGGGACGCGGCCGUUUGAGUGUGGCAUCUGCGGGAAAACCUUCGGACACGCAGUGAGCCUGGAUCAGCACAGAGCGGUGCACUCGCAGGAGAGGAGCUUCAGCUGUAAAAUCUGUGGCAAAAGCUUCAAGCGCUCCUCCACGCUCUCCACGCACCUGCUCAUCCAUUCGGACACGCGGCCUUAUCCGUGCCAGUACUGCGGGAAGAGAUUCCACCAGAAGUCAGACAUGAAGAAACACACUUUUAUCCACACAGAUUGUGUACAUAAUGCUGCUGCACACCAACAUGUGCUGUCACUGAAAUCUUUGUGA